GAGGCGUUACUUGGUUUGUUGUUGUUUUUAGAAGUGGAAGUGGAUCGUCGACAUUUUUUUUACAAAAACAGAUUAGGACUGGGGUUCUACAUUUCAGAAUCUGGGCAUUCAGGAUCUUCCUUUUAGGAUCCGGGCAUUGUUGAAGGUUUCAGCUCAACCCCUGCUGAGGAAAAUAAAUAAAAAGAAGAUGAGUAGCCAGUACCAGCGCAGUGUUCCUUAUGAUGUGAGGAGACUGGAGGGAGAGAGAGUUCGUGCCAAACAUCCUGACAAAAUUCCGAUCAUUGUGGAGAGAGCCUCUAGAUCACGUGCCCCUGAACUCGACAAAAAGAAAUACCUCGUUCCCUCAGACCUGACAGUUGGCCAGUUGUGCUUCCUGAUCAGACAGCGAAUAUCUAUGAGGCCAGAAGAAGCGCUCUUCUUUUUCGUUAAAAAUUCGCUUCCACCUUCCAGCUCGCCGCUUUCAGUUGUUUACGAGGAACACCACGAGGAGGACCUGUUUCUGUACAUGACUUACAGCAAUGAGAGUGUGUACGGUGCCUGAAAGGAUAAAAAAAUGUUAGAACUGGAGGAAGAGGGAGCCAGUGAGGGACUUUGGGUUGUGUGAGAAGAUGUGAUGGAUUAAAAAAAAAGUGUUGUGGUGACAUUUGUAUUGUUUUACCACUAAAAAUCGAUUUCUAUGAAGCCGAGAUUACAGAGCUGAACAUCGGUUUGGUUUAAAGCAUUUAACUGGUUGGUGUUUCAGUUCUAUGGAUUUAAUAACAUUUAAUAUUUAAGUAAGGCUUUGUGAUUAUGUAUAGAAUUGAUAAAGAAAAAAAAACAGUGUAAAUGAUUUGAACAUUAGAAUGGGGAAGUUUUGAGAGUACAAAAUGAUCUCACAUUUCCAUGACUCUAACCAAGGAGCGACUCAUCUGUAUUUAAUGAAAUUAUUAUUAUUAUUUUUUUGUAAAGGUAUAUGAUAAUUUUUCUGUAAAAAAAAAAAAAAAAAAAGAAAGAAAAAGAGUCAUUUAUGCAGUGUUGUGCUGGUCUGUUUUUUUUUCUUUUUUUCUUUCUUUUUUUUUUAAAUUUCUUUCCAAAAAUCAAUUAUUUUGAGUGUUAUGCACAAAUGAGAGUUUAGAACUUAUAUAUAAAAACUAUGUAAAUACAUUGUAUGGCCAAAUGUUUGUAGACAUCUGACUUGCACACCCUUUCUGAAUAUCGUAUUUCAGUCUCCCUUUGCUGUUAUAAUAACUUCCAUUUUUCUGUGAAGGUUGUUCACUAUGUCACAGAUUUUGGAGGGUGAUUGUGGAGAUUUGUUUAUUUAGCCACAAAAGUUUUGGAUGAGUUCGUGUUUAUGUUCAUUCCAAAGGUAUUUGGGGUGUUGAGGUCAGGGCUUUAUGCAGGCCUCUGUUUUCUCCUUAAAUAUGUGAUAUUUUUUAUGUGUGCCAAAGUUAAAAUAUUUUAGCUGGCGAAUCAAGGAAGCCAGGUCUUUACAACAGUGAAGAGUGUGAGGUAAGAUGUAAUCUAAGUAGCCAAAAUGAAAAAUUUUACAACUGUUUUACAAAAGAUACGUUGAAUGUAAUAUCCAAGAAUGCAAACACAUUCAAAUAAUUCACGUGUCCAGACAAGAAAUGUUUCCAAAACCGCUUUCAGCACAUUAGGUAUAAGAAUAAAAAUGAAUAUUUGUUUAUUUUAAAUUAAAUAAUUGAUGAUGGAUACCUGUGUUUCCUGGUAGACUGAUAGUAAGUUCACUAAGAAAAGUAAUGUAUAUAACACAGUGGGAUAAAAAAAAAAAAAACCCAAAUACCAUUAUUUUGCAAUAAAGCUCUAUUAAUAAAGAGUGCAAAAAGCUCCGCACUCUGCUCUUGUUUUCACUAUUCAAGGUACCGACAAACAGCCUGUAUCUUUUGAUCAAAAUAAGCUUGGCACUUUGUAUAUAAAACCAAAAGUUUGCUCAGGUGCUGUGGCACAAGACCAUGCAGUGCUUUACACAUUAGUAGCAAUGUAAACUGGGUAAGACAAUGGUGAUGGUCAAAACACCUCAGUGAAUUAUAUACUUUUUAUUGAGGAGGAGGACAAUUAAGAAAGAAAGAGAAAGAGAAAGAGAAAAAGCUGCAAAGCACAAAGCUGUGUGUGUUUGUGUUUGAUAAUGGAAUGCUGGAAAGUGUACCAAAGAGUGGAGGUGAAUAAAGAGUGAUUGUGGAGCA